UCAAGGGAAGGCAGUGGACCGGAUCCCCUACUUCGCGGGCGGGCGCGAGGCGUCGGCUGUUCGCAUCGGCUGCGAGGGGAAAGGAGCACGGGGGGCUGGUUUAGAAUCAGGAGUGAGGAAAAAGGGAAGGGGCGGGGGAGAGGGACUAGGGAAGGCGUCGGGGAAUCUCGCGGAGGGUUGGAGUUUUGGCGAGAGUUUGUGGAAGAUGGCGCCUGUUGUGACAGGUCAUUGAAAUUAUGAGACUGUCAUUCAAAUGGAAGCAUUGUAGUUCUUCGGAACCAUUAUGAUCUCAAAAGGAAAAGAGAAUCAUACAGAUGCACUGGCUGAGGUGUUUUGAGGUGCAUCGAAGUGUUCCGGGCUGUGACUUACCUUAACAUGUUCUUGAAGUGCCAUGGCAUGGAUUAAAAGGUUUUUAAUUUGAAAAUUCUAAUGGAUUGGAGGAUAUGUGGGAACCUGAAUACUCUUUACAGAAAAUUUGGUGAGCGGCCUCCACCUAAACGACUUACUAGGGAAGCGAUGCGAAAUUAUUUAAAAGAGCGAGGGGAUCAAACAGUACUUAUUCUUCAUGCAAAAGUUGCACAGAAGUCAUAUGGAAAUGAAAAAAGGUUUUUUUGCCCACCUCCUUGUGUGUAUCUUAUGGGCAGCGGAUGGAAGAAAAAAAAAGAACAAAUGGAGCGAGAUGGUUGUUCCGAACAAGAGUCUCAACCGUGUGCAUUUAUUGGGAUAGGAAAUAGUGACCAAGAAAUGCAGCAGCUGAACUUGGAAGGAAAGAACUAUUGCACAGCCAAAACAUUGUACAUAUCUGAUUCGGACAAAAGAAAGCAUUUCAUGUUGUCUGUAAAGAUGUUCUACGGCAACAGUGAUGACAUUGGUGUGUUCCUCAGCAAGCGGAUAAAGGUCAUCUCCAAACCAUCCAAAAAAAAGCAGUCAUUGAAAAAUGCUGACUUAUGCAUUGCCUCAGGAACAAAGGUGGCCCUGUUUAAUCGACUCCGAUCCCAGACAGUCAGCACCAGAUACUUGCAUGUAGAAGGAGGUAAUUUCCAUGCCAGUUCUCAGCAGUGGGGAGCAUUUUACAUUCAUCUCUUGGAUGAUGAUGAAUCAGAAGGAGAAGAAUUCACAGUUCGUGAUGGCUACAUCCAUUAUGGACAGACAGUCAAACUUGUGUGUUCAGUCACUGGCAUGGCACUCCCGAGAUUGAUCAUUAGGAAAGUCGAUAAGCAGACCGCAUUACUGGAUGCCGAUGAUCCUGUGUCACAACUCCACAAAUGUGCAUUUUACCUUAAGGAUACGGAAAGAAUGUACUUGUGCCUUUCUCAAGAAAGAAUAAUCCAGUUUCAGGCCACUCCAUGCCCAAAGGAACCAAACAAAGAGAUGAUAAAUGAUGGAGCUUCCUGGACAAUCAUCAGUACGGAUAAGGCAGAGUAUACAUUUUACGAGGGGAUGGGCCCUGUCCUUGCCCCUGUCACACCUGUGCCUGUUGUAGAAAGUCUUCAGUUGAAUGGCGGUGGGGACGUAGCAAUGCUUGAACUUACAGGACAGAAUUUCACUCCAAAUUUACGAGUGUGGUUUGGGGAUGUAGAAGCUGAAACCAUGUACAGAUGUGGAGAGAGUAUGCUCUGUGUCGUCCCAGACAUUUCUGCAUUCCGAGAAGGCUGGCGAUGGGUCCGGCAGCCAGUCCAGGUUCCAGUAACUUUGGUCCGAAAUGAUGGGAUCAUUUAUUCCACGAGCCUUACCUUCACCUACACGCCAGAACCAGGGCCUCGGCCGCACUGCAGUGCAGCGGGAGCGAUCCUGCGAGCCAACUCCAGCCAAGUGCCCCCCAGUGAGUCAAACACAAACAGCGAGGGCAGUUACACGAGCGUCAGCACAAAUUCAACCAACGUCACAUCGUCUACAGCGACAGUGGUGUCCUAACCACCGUCUUGUUGCUGGGACUCAAACUGACUUGAGUGCGACAAAACGUUGACAGAAAAAGAAGAAAAAGAGGGAAAAGUGAACAAUCUUUUGUGGUUUCUUGGGAAAACUUUUCAUACCAGGUGAUAUUACUCAAAAACCCCAUUACCUGCAAGUGCUGAUUUGAUGUGCAGAAGCCACAGUAAAACAAACAAACAAAUCAACAUAUAUAAACUAUUGGAAAUCAGUUUUCUUCAGCUGUUAUUUUUGAUUGGUUUUUGUUUGGUUUUGUUUAAAUGGGCAAGAAAUAGAUGUGGCUGGUAUAAAAGUUAAACUAGAAGACACAAAUCUAACAUAGUUUUUAUGGACCAAGGAACUUGUAUAAGCUUUAGUAAAAGGUACAUUUUCACCAUACCUUUUUUAUAUCACCGUAUAUAGUACACCUUUGUUACCUACUAGGUAGCCUGGCGCCCUUGGAGCUUUUGCUCUUGAGUACUUUCGCGUUCCGAGCCUGACCACGCUCCUCCCGGGGUGUUUGGUCUAAGGCUGGAACUGGUCCGUUUUUGGUUUUGUUUUUUAAUAGCUGAACUCUUAUGACUUUUCAUGAGUUGAAAUUGUUUUGAUUUCAGCAAGUCAGAUCUUGUAAAGUCCUGCAUAUUUUUUUAAGAUUAUAUGAAGUCUGUGCAAAAGCUUUAAAAAAAUGCCUCUGCCUUGCCUGCAAUACAUGCAAUGUAUGUUAACUCAGUCUCUAUUCUCAGACACUUGGCAGUUUCCGUGUCUUCUUUUUAAAAACAUGUAUUUAUAGAGGUGAUCCAGGUGGCGCUAACAUUUACAUGGAAUUCAAUGUGGCCAUUUAGUCGUUGAUGAGGUAAUGGCACAGAACAUGUUGGUAUUUGAAGUGUCCUCUCCCCUUUCCCCAUGCAUAAAUAUGUCUCCAUAUUUCAGGAUUUGUUCCCCUCCUAAUCUUGUACAUAACUUGUAUUAUGUGUAAGUUAAACAUUUUAUUUUGAACUUGUAAUGUUCCCGGUGAUUUUAUUCAGUAGGGUGUUUUCUGCCGUGUUGGCAAAUGACAGAAAAAAAUCAUAGAAGUAUUUGCUACCAGUUGGUAGAUGGUGCCCUUAUUGUAUAAUGAGGAAAAUCUCAGCAAAAGCAUGUUUUUAUUUACUUUUUUUUUUUUUUUGGUAGCCUAGGCCAAGACGUCAUUGUAACCUUAAAA